CACCGGAGCUGCGGUAGCGUCCGUCAGCUGGAACAGCUGGCGGUGUCAAUUCACCUGAAACUUUGGCCAGACACGAUUGUCUUGCUGUGUCAACAACUUAUCCAUCAGUGCCAGUGCUCUAGAUUACCCACCGGGGGAGCAAAUAAAGAAAGCGGUCGAGCUCGUUCGAGUACCUCCUUGCACAGUCGUCGUUGAGCGCUGCAGACACAGAUUAUGGGAAGCAAGAACCGUCAACCACUGUACCAAGAUGUAAAUGGCAUCCGUCUUCCGCUUGGCUUUGACCCCACCAAGCUGCUCUCCUGCUUGGAAUACAAGGCUUCUGCUGGCGACAUCUUCAUCGACACAUUCCCAAAAUGUGGCACAAACUGGACAAAACGCAUCGUUCAACUUCUUGUGGGUGAGAACACCACUAAGGAAAGUGACUAUGGCUUGUCCACUUCCUUCUUUGAGAUGGUUGGCAAGGACACCAUAGCUGCUUUACCAGAGCCCAGGAUCAUUACUACUCACCUUGCUUACGAGCUACUCCCAAAGCAUGCCCAAGCAAGAUACAUAUAUGUUGUGAGAAACCCCAAAGACUGUUGUGUGUCCUACUUCCACCACACAAAGAAGACAAAGAUUUAUAACUUUGAGGAUGGGACAUUUGAUGAGUAUUUGCAGCUCUUCAUAAAGGGAGCAACAAGUUUCGGGGACUACUUCAGUCAUAUUGUCUCCUGGUAUCCGCAUGUUAAUGAAGCAAAUGUGCUUUUCCUAACCUACGAGAGCAUGAAGAAGGAUCCUGCAGCUGCUGUACUCAAGAUCGCCAAGUUUAUCAGUGUUAAAGACCCUGAACUACUUUGUGUUGACUCAAAAAAAUUCCAGGAAGUAGUAAAGAACAGCAGCGUUGACUGCAUGAAGGAGUACCUGAACACCAAUUACAAGAAGGCUCUUGGGAACCAGGAUCCUGAAAAUUGGACAGCUAAAAAGGAUUAUCCGUUAAGCAGACCACCGCCACCACCUGAAGUUAUGGUGCGUAAAGGCAUCAUAGGAGACUGGAAGAACUACUUUGACAAGGAGCAGUCACAAGCCAUUGAAACAGCUUUUGUGCAGAAGUGUGGUCAUGUUGUGGACCAUGCAACACUGUGGGAUCCAAAGGAUUGGAUACAAGGAGCUUGACACUUCAGUGAAAUUUAAGGUGUGACCAUUUAAGGGUGCUCUCCUAUUAAUAACAAAGUGUUGGGACCAAUGUAUGCUGUAUAAUACUGCGUUAAUUAUUGUAGAGAAAUGCUAAUUAUGUUGACAGUAAUGUGAAGCUCAUAAUGUAGAGGAUGUUGCAGAUGCCAGAGAAAAUGCAAUGAUGUUUUUCUUGCAAUUAGCGAAAUUGUGCAUGAGUAUCACCUGACAACAACUGAUGGCUUUUCAAAAGAUGGUUGUUAUUUUCGCUUGUGCAACGUAAGUUUGUGCAAAGUACUAUAAUACUUGCUAUUGACAGUGGCCUUUUAUCACAGUUCCUGCAUAUAUAACACUUUUUAAGAUGCCUUCCAGAUAUGUAAUGAGAAAUGAAGUCUGCUUAAUUAAUCAAAAUACAAGCUAUGUAUGGUUCAGAGCCCAGAAGGGCAUCAGAAGUUAUGUUCAACACUGCCAAUGCAUUUGAAAGAAACUGUUAUUUGCAAUAUUACCAUUAAAUACUCAUAUUAUGAAGACUAACAUAUUGUUACGGAGCGAUCCAUACAUGGAUCAACGCGAUGCUUGGCAGAGCGACAAAGACGACGAUGAAGACGCUAGCACUUGGGCCGGAUCAGACAUCUCUUGCCCUAGCCUCCUCUAUAUAUAUUCUGUAAAUAUAUCCUUCGCCUCCAUCUCGCUUCCGUCACACUUUGGUGGAGGUGCUGGGAACAUCUCGCCUCGCAACGGAACUUCGCAGCGGCCGUCGUUUCGGACAUCGGUCUGCAAUGGCGGAAGACACAGCGUCUACAUCAGCGCCCGCCACUUCAACGGUCGUGCUUGUGCAACCCCGGGAUCCUGGCACAUUCUCCGGUUCCGGUGACGCGGACGUUGAAGACUGGCUGGCGGAGUACGAAUGCAUGAGUAAGAACAACCUAUGGGACCCUACCAUGAUGUUGGAAAAUAUAAUCUUCUACUUGACAGGCACUGCGAAGGUAUGGUUCGAUAAUCACGAAGCUGAGAUUGGGAGCUGGGACGCCUGCAAAGAAAAAUUCCGAGAAUUGUUUGGGAAGCCCAUUGGCCGGAAGAUCGCCGUGACAAAGACGCUCGCGUCACGUGCGCAGACGGCUACUGAAUCUUACGUCACGUACAUAGAAGACAUAUUAGUGCUAUGCCGAAAGGCCGACGCCGAAGAUGCCAGAGGAGGACAAAAUUGUGCAUAUCUUGAAAGGGAUUGCCGACGACGCUUUCAACCUUUUAAUAUGUAGAAAUUGUUCAACAGUCGACGCUAUUAUAAAGGAGUGCCGGCGCUUUGAGCAGGCUAAAAGCCAGCGCAUUGGCCACUCAUUUGCCCGGCUUCCCAACACGGCGGCAACGCCCUCUUGCGAAGACCGCAUGGCUGCACAACCGUCAGUUCCACCAGAUCAGCUGACACGUAUUGUACGCCGCGAACUUGAGGCCAUGACCCCUGCUCCUGUUCCCCUGCCAUGACCCCUGCCUCCAUCUAGCUUCCGUCACAAUAUUUUAAGAGCUCCUUUUCGCUAUAGUUUGUUCUGAGCAUUGAUUGUUCUGUUUCUAUUUGCUCAAUCACAGUUUUAUAAUAUAAAAAUACUCUGUGUGUACUAUGUAUCUGUUGUAUGAAUCACACUUGGUUUCGAAACAUGACUUUUCUACUGAUGCAGGCAUUUGUUGUUCAGCCUCACUAAAAUUGUGUAUUUUGCUACCACUAGUUGAGAAACAUUACUACACAUAAAAUGCAGGGGACAUGAAUGUUCGAUGUGGCAGAUUGUGCAAUGUUUUACAAUUUCUUCAUGUGCAAGAAGAAAAAGUAUGUCAUACUUCAUAAGUCACUCAGUGGUCACAGGACUUCCAACUAUUAAGGUUGGUGUGUGUUGCAUAAAGCAUUUUUACCUCGUGAAAUUGUAAGUGUAUUUACAUCUUGUGGCAAGGCAUUUGUUAUAGAUGUGAAGAAUGUGUGCUCUGGGGGGAUGUGAUUUUCAAGAGGUCACGUUAACUCAGUGUCUCUCAACUUCUCAUAUACUCUCUAUUCAAAUUUUGUAUGUAGUAACAGCAAUAAAAAUACAUUUUUAUUUUCAUGUA